AGAUUUUAUGUUUUGGACUGAAUGCUUUCAAAAACAUUAUGAAAAUUUCCGUCGAAACUGAUUUGCGGUUAGCACACAAAAACACAUCAUCCUUAUUCUGACAGCGCAUUUCGGAGGCAAGGAAGAACUUUCACUCCUUUCGAACAAACUGGAAGAUUCCAGGUAGCAAAAAGUAGAGCAAAUAAAUAGAACCGACGCUUGGAGAUUCAUUCAUACUUAGUACUCGGCUGCACAUACAAGAACAGCUGAAGACUGUCAAAAAAUAGCAAACCAAAGAAAAUCGAAAUUAUUGUGAGAAAUCGUUCGCUCGCUCAUAUUGGAAAAAGAAAAGCAAUGGGUAUCUUUAACAACUUCAAAUAUACAUGCAUAAUAUGUGUGGUGUUCAUGAACAAGAAUGUGCAUAGUAAAACAGAGAACAAGACUACUAACAAUAAACCAGUCCUCAAGCAAGAAGUUGUCUCAAUUUAUAAUGAAAACUUCACUGACAUUCCCAAGGACAGGGAGCCAUAUUAUGUUAAAGUUCAACGAUGUAUCAUCGAUAAAGAUAAUGUUCCUACAUGUUCAUUAUGUUGGCCCCAACCUAUGACAUUGACAGAAGUCGAGAUUGUCGUUCCUGAUUUAAAAAACUACACAAAAUUUUAUAAAUAUAUUGUAUAUAAUCACACUUCUUGUUACUGGGAAAAGACCUUAACAGUUUUGAACUUUAAUCUACACAUGACUCUAUCUUCAAACGAAAUUAACGAAACAGAAUUUACAACAAAAGUAAAAUACAAUCCACCAAACGUGAGAACAUGUAAUGACUAUUGCAAGCAUCCACAACCUCGUUUUCAUCUGCACAGUGAAUAUACAAAGGUUCUUUUAAUAUCUCUUUAUCCCAUUCACUCAAUGCUUGCCUGGUUGCAAAGCAACAGAGAAAAUGAAGAUUGUCAAAAAAAAAACCCUCGAUGGUUCAUUCUCGUUUGAAGUCAUUAAAGAACAUAUAUCUUGCAGUCUCUGGAACAAUAAAGUCCAUAAAAGUAGCAUACGCAGUGAUCCAGAAAGUCGACCCCAGGUGCUAAAUAAAGGGUUAUUUGUUUACAUCACAUCACCUAAAUUGAUGUUAGUUGCCUUCAUUCUCUCGACUGUCCUCAUCUCAAUACUCAUUCUGGACUGUAAUCUGUGUCAUCGUAAGAAAGGAAUAAUGUAUUCGAUAAAGAGUUGUGGAAAGAAUGAAGAGUGUAAAGACUGCGUAAGAAGACAGCAGACUAUGAUAGAAAUGGUUUAA